GAUACAUUACUAAGUUGACUACUCCCAUGUAAGAGCAAAGCCCAUGCCCAAAGCUAUCCUCCGUGUAAUUGCUAGAUUCCCCCGCCAAACCCUUAUCCUCCAGCCGCAACCCCCCUCCCCCCAAGUCCACCACAACCCACCCCAUAGAAAAAAAGGGUGCUUAGUAGUAGGAGAGAUUAGCUAUCAGCCUAGCCAGCGUAGCACUUGAUCGAUGUAGAAUGCUACGCAGCGCUCGAUCUUUUCUGGUCUUAAUUUGCUCCCUCCAACAGUCCUACAUCUUUUGUAGGGUUUAGUGUCCAACUCCACAUAUCGGCGGCCUUCUUCCCUCUCUCUCUCUCUCUGGACUCAUCAUUACAUGCAUGACAAACCAAAUCAAAAAUUCCGUUCGUCCUUUCUAUCCUGCCUGCUCUUUUUUCUUUUCCCCCCCUUCCCGUUUUUAUACAAAGCAUUGAUCCAAGCAUGUUUAUUUUCUUACACCAGAGUGGUGGUGAUUCUCUUCUCUUGCAGCCUCCUCCAAACUUUGCGGACGGUGGCGGUCUGAGUUAAGAUUCCGGGUGAUUCUUAACAAGAAUAUUUUGAAAUUUGAGCACACCGAGUCCAGAUUGCAGCUUAUGCCAUUUCUGAAGUGCUUAAUGCAGCACAGUAGAAAAAAGUAAAAGGAAAAAAAAAAAGCAGCCAGAAUGAAAUUUAUGAAGCUUGGGACAAGACCGGACACCUUCUAUACAGAAGAGGCCACCAGGACUGUAAUUUCAGGGGUGCCUACUGACCUCACUGUUCGCAUCAACAACAUUUCAUAUCACCUUCAUAAGCUUCCGCUACUUCCAAAGUGUGGCCUCCUGCAACAACUUUGCUCAGUCUCUGAGGAAUCUGGAAAUGUUACUCUUGAGCUGCAUGAUAUUCCUGGAGGAGAAAAUGCUUUCGAGCUGUGUGCAAAAUUUUGCUAUGGAAUCACAAUCAAUCUCAGCGCUCAUAAUUUUGUAUCUGCUUUCUGUGCUGCAAAGUUCCUCCGAAUGACUGAAGCAGUUGAGAAGGGAAACUUCGUUGCAAAGCUAGAGGCUUUCUUCACUUCGUGCAUUCUGGAAGGCUGGAAAGAUUCCAUUGUCACAUUGCAGAGCACUGGAAAGGUUCCUGAGUGGUCAGAGAAUCUUGGGAUCAUUAGAAGAUGCAUAGACUCUAUUCUUGAGAAAAUACUGAAACCUCCAGCAAAGGUCACAUGGUCCUUCACUUACACUAGGCUGGGAUAUGAACGAAAAGGUCACCAUUCCGUACCACGAGACUGGUGGACAGAGGAUGUAUCUGACCUUGAUUUAGACCUCUUCAGAUGCAUCAUUGCUGCCGUAAGGUCCACCAACAUUCUACCUCCUCAGCUGAUUGGUGAAGCUUUGCACGUCUAUGCAUGUCGUUGGCUGCAAGAUCUUACAAAGACCAGUGGAUCUUCUGAAAGUUCAGGUGCUCAAUCUGCCCAAAGGAAACAGCAAAUCCUUGAAACCAUUGUUAGCUUGAUUCCGGUAGAUGGAGGAUCUGUCUCAGUCGGAUUCCUACUGAGACUCCUCAGCUUGGCAAAUCUCCUAGGGGUUUCUCCAGUAACAAAGGCUGAACUCGUACGGAGAUCAGGCCAGCAACUAGAGGGGGCAAAGCCGAAUGACCUGCUGGUUCCCUCUUGUAAUUGUGAUGAUCAUUAUUCCUAUGACAUUGACUUGGUUGGGGCACUACUAGAAAGUUUCUUGAGGCUGUGGAAGAGACGAUCAAGAGAGAGGCAAUCCAUUAAGUCAAUCAUUAAUGUGGGAAAGCUCGUUGACUCUUAUCUUCAAGUGGUCGCAAUGGAUGUCAAUAUGCCGGUGCAGAAAGUGGUUUCAUUAGCUGAAGCUGUUCCAGAAAUUGCGCGACCUCAGCAUGAUCAACUGUACAAGGCAAUCAACAUUUAUCUCAAGGAGCAUCCUGGUCUGGCCAAAGCAGAUAAGAAGCAGCUCUGCCGCAUUCUUGACUGCCAGAAGUUGUCUCCAGAGAUACGUUUGCAUGCAGUGAGAAAUGAGAAUCUACCUUUGAGAACUAUUGUGCAGGCACUCUUCUUCGACCAAGGAAGAGGCUACAGGGGAAAAGAUCAAAAACUUCCAACCGGAGAGCAAUUUCGCAGCUGGCAACAGAUCUCACAACUUUGCACGGAUGAUAUGAGCAAACCUAAAUUGCGUUCAAGUAAAGAAUCACCUGAAGCAGAGGGACUCAAACACCAUGCACCCGUUGCAAGCAAACGAGUAAAUAAAAGUUAG